AUGGAGCAGGAGGCUAUAUUGAAAGGCCAAGGUCGUAUGAACCAGCUUGGCGGAGUAUUUAUCAACGGACGACCCCUACCUAACCAUAUACGGCUGCGAAUCGUGGAGAUGGCCUCCCAGGGCGUUCGGCCAUGUGUCAUCAGUCGGCAGUUGCGUGUGUCACACGGGUGCGUCUCCAAGAUCCUUCAGCGCUACCAGGAGACCGGCAGCAUCCGCCCAGGUGUCAUCGGAGGCAGCAAGCCUAGGGUUGCCACCCCUGAUGCGGAGGCUCGAAUCGAGGACUAUAGACGGGAAAAGCCUGGGGCCUUCAGCUGGGACAUCCGCGACAAGCUGCUGACGGAGGGAAUGUGCGACAGAACAACCGCACCCAGUGACAGCUCCAUCUCUAGAGUGCUGAGAUCACGAUGUCCACGGGAGAUAGAGGAGGGAGAUGACACCUUCAGAGCAACAACCCCGGGAGAAAGAGGCGCCUCAGCAACCAACAUCAGUCACGAAAGGGAGGAUAUGUCGGACUGCGAGUCGGAACCAGGACUUGAACUGAAGAGGAAGCAGAGGCGGAGCAGAACGUCGUUUACCAGCGAGCAGUUGGAGGACCUGGAGCGAGCGUUUGAGAGAACCCAUUAUCCAGAUAUCUACACCCGUGAGGAGCUGGCUCAGAGGACCAAACUCACCGAGGCCAGGGUGCAGGUUUGGUUUAGCAACAGACGAGCAAGAUGGCGAAAGCAGAUGGGCAGCACCCAGCUAUCAAACAUCAACAGCUUCAUGCAGCUACAACAACCCACAGCGGGCACCCACAACCUGCACCCACCACCAACAUCACAACCACUCAACAUCGCCAAGGGGCCAGUUCAUCAGCAUAUCUCUGCGCCUCUUCCUCCUGCGCCACCAAGCGCCCCUACCUCGGCCUUUGUUUUCAGUGACUCCAGUUACGGCCUGACAACUCCCUCUGAUUCAUUCUGGCAACAUCGACCGCAGCUGACCUCUCUACAUCAAAGUUAUCCUCACACAGCCUCCUUCAAACAGGACGUGUCCUACAACGGUUUCGUGGAUACAUAUUUGUCUCAUGCCACACAGAUUCCUACGUACACCAACUUGUCAAAUGUCACCUACCCCAACACCUGGUCGCCCAGCAUUAGCACUCAUCUACAGCCCGGAGGGUAUCAGUUCGAUGCAAGGAACUCCAGUAUGGCAGUAGCAGGUUUCGACAAGUGCCAGGCUGAAGACCCUCUGUUUUCGCUGCGGAUGAAGUCUCGGGACCACUCCAACAUGCUGGGACUGCUGCAGGCCGACCACCUGCGUCACCACAACGCCCUCCAGUCAUAUGACGUCCUCUCAACUCACUCCAUGGCUUACGACAUGCUCAAGACCGACUCUCCCUCCUAA